AUGCAGCGCCUCCGCGGGGUCUUGCCGCUGCAGCUCGCCUUGCUCGUGGCCGCGCGGGCCCCCGAGGCUUCGGUGAGCGCGCCGCGGAGCCUGGUGUGGGGGCCUGGGCUGCAGGCGCACGUCGUUCUGCCCGUCCGCUAUUUCUUCUUGCAAGUGGUCAACUCGGAGGGCCAAAACUUCACCCGCUCGCCCCCAGAUCCAACACUAUUCAAAGUAGUAAUCAAAUCUCUUUCACCUAAAGAAUUAGCCCGGAUUCAUGUAUCUAAACCUUUGGACAGAAAUGAUGGAACAUUUUUGAUGCGAUAUAGAAUGUAUGAAAGUGUCAAUGAAGGGCUGAAGAUAGAAGUUCUUUAUGGAAGUGAACAUGUAGCUCAAUCUCCCUAUAUUUUGAAAGGACCAGUGUACCAUGAGUACUGUGAGUGCCCAGAAGAGGAUCCCCAAGCCUGGCUGAAAACGCUUUCAUGUCCAAGCAAGGAACCACAGAUCGAGAAGGAUUUUUCUUCCUUCCCCACCAUCAAUCUCCAGCAGAUGCUAAAUGAAAUUCCAACAAGGUUUGGAAACGAGAGAGGUGCCAUUGUUCAUUACACGAUUCUCAGUAACCGAAUCUACCGGAGACCUCUAGGGAAGUAUACAGACUUCAAAAUGUUCUCUGAUGAAAUUUUGCUGUCGUUGGCCAGGAAGGUCCUUCUCCCUGAUUUAGAAUUUUAUAUUAACCUUGGAGAUUGGCCUUUGGAGCAUCGAAAAGUCAAUGAAACCCCUGGCCCUCUACCCAUCAUUUCAUGGUGUGGCUCUCUGGAUUCAAGAGAUAUUAUCCUUCCAACGUAUGAUAUUACCCAUUCCACACUUGAAGCAAUGAGGGGUGUUACUAAUGAUCUUCUCUCCAUUCAAGGGAAUACAGGGCCUUCCUGGAUCAAUAAAACAGAGAAAGCUUUCUUCAGAGGCAGAGAUAGCCGAGAGGAAAGGCUUCAGUUGGUACAAAUGUCCAAAGAAAAUCCACAGCUACUAGAUGCAGGAAUUACAGGAUAUUUCUUUUUCCAAGAGAAAGAAAAGGAGCUUGGAAAGGCCAAGUUGAUGGGUUUCUUUGACUUUUUUAAGUACAAAUAUCAAGUGAAUGUGGAUGGAACCGUGGCUGCCUAUAGAUAUCCUUAUCUCAUGCUGGGCGAUAGUCUGGUUCUAAAGCAAGACUCACCUUACUAUGAGCAUUUCUACAUGGCACUAAAGCCUUGGAAACAUUAUGUUCCAAUUAAAAGAAAUCUUAGUGAUUUGCUGGAGAAAGUUAAAUGGGCCAAGGAAAACGAUAAUGAAGCCAAGAAGAUAGCAAAAGAAGGGCAGUUGGCUGCUAGGGAUCUGCUCCAGCCACACAGACUUUACUGUUACUAUUACAAAGUGCUGCAGAAAUAUUCUGGGCGUCAGUCAAGUAAACCUGAGAUACGUGAUGGAAUGGAACUUGUUCCUCAGCCAGAUGAUAACACAUCCGUCUGCCAGUGCCUCAGGAAGACACCUUUAAGAGAUGAUCUUUAA